GUGGCAGUAAACAGAUUCAAAACUGCUACUCGCUCAGUGAAUCACAACAGAAGAAGCCUCUCACGCAUUCGAGCUCUUCAGAAGAGUUAAUAAAAAAUAAAUCUCAGUAUACCAGUUUUUUUGUUUAUUGAACGGAUUUACCUUUUGACAACAGCUGGUCAGAAUGGCAGCAGACUGGGUUGGCUGUCUUGUUUCUAUCAACUGUGGACCAACUUUAGGAGUGUAUCAAGGAGAAGUAUCUUCAGUGGAUCAGACCAGCCAGACCAUCUCUCUCAGACAUCCCUUCCACAAUGGAGUUAAGUGCACUGUGCCUGAGGUCACCUUCAGUGCCAUGGACAUUAAAGAUCUCAAAAUCCUGGAGAUCCGUAAGAGCUCCACUGAAGUCCCGAAGCUGAAUGGUUCAGACACCAACUCCACAUUGACUCCGCAGGGCGGACGCAAGGAUAAGGGUGGUGGUGGCGCCCCGGUCAAUAGCACUCCUGUGAUGGUACCUAAUAAAACUGAACCCAAAACGCAGGAAGGAGGGGUGUCUCCGGUGCCGCACUACUCAAAAAGUUACGGUGAACGUCACAUGGACAUGGCUGUCCAAAGUAAAGGCUUUAGACGAAGACACAACUCUUGGUCGUCUAGUUGCAGAGGCCCAAAUCAGGCCACACCCAAAAAGAAUGGGUUGAAGAACGGAGGUAAUAUGAAGAACAGAGACGAUGAGUGUUUUGGAGACGGUAUGGACGAUGUUCCCGAUGAGGACUUUGAUUUUGAGGGGAACCUGGCGCUGUUCGACAAGGCUGCGGUGUUCUCGCAGAUCGAUUCGUCAGAACGCCGAGGCAAUGGCGCGAGAUCUCGAGGAACGCCUGGAGAGCAAACGCCAUCACGAUACCGGCAUGACGAGAACAUCCUAGAGGCCAAACCCGUCGUCUACAGACAGAUCAUGGUUCCACAGAAUGGAACAAAAGAAUAUAGCACUGACUCAGGGCUGGUGGUACCCAGCAUCUCUUUCGACUUGCACAAGCGUUUAUUAGCUACGGCAGAAAGUCAUGGUCUGUCUCUGGAGCGCAGGCUGGAGAUGACGGGCGUAUGUGCAAGUCAGAUGGCCCUUACACUACUUGGAGGCCCGAACAGACUUACUCCAAAGAAUGUACAUCAGCGGCCCACGGUGGCCCUGCUGUGUGGACCACAUGUCCAGGGCGCUCAGGGCAUCAGCUGUGGCCGUCACUUGGCCAACCAUGAAGUGGAGGUCAUCCUUUUCCUGCCAAACUUCGUCAAGAUGUUGGAGGCCAUCACCAGCGAACUUGCACUUUUUGGGAAGACGGGAGGCAAACUGGUUUCUAAUGUGAAAGACUUGCCCGAGACGCCAGUUGACCUGGUCAUAAACUGCCUGGAUUCGCAUGAAAACGGAUUCUUGAGGGAGCAGCCCUGGUACAAGGCCGCCGCCGACUGGGCCAAUCAGAACCGAGCCCCGGUACUGAGCAUCGACCCUCCAGUAAGUGGACAGGCACAUGCCGUGGAAGCAAAAUGGUCACUUUCCCUGGGCCUCCCGCUGCCUCUAUCCGAGGGUGCCGGCAGAGUCUACCUGUGUGACAUCGGCAUUCCCCGACAGGUGUUCCAGGAAGUGGGGAUCAAAUACCACUCCCCCUUCGGAUGUAAAUUUGUCAUCCCGCUGCACUCCGAAUAAGCCGUUGACUAUCACGGUCAAGGCUCACUGAACCUGCCUUAAAGAUUUUAAGAAUGAACGGAUCUCGGUUUGAAUGUUGCAGCAGAACUGGAACUUCUCAGUCUGUAUUUUCUCAAGUUCUUCUAUACUUCUGUGAUGAUUCUCUUCAAAGGGAAGUGAUGGAAACGAUACCAGCUCUUGUGACAAACCUGAUAUGUUAAAAGCAGAACCAACAUCAGUAUACUCGCCAUCUGAUGCAUUCUAACAGUCUUACAAUAAUCUUUCAACCAGCCGUUUUAAUACACAAGGCUGAUUUCUUUUGGGGGGGGGUGUUAUGUCACAAAAACAGCAACUGGCUUACACUUAAAGGAUUAGUUCACUUUCAAAUUAAAAUUUCCUGAUAAUUUACUCACCCCCAUGUCAUCAAAGUCGAAAAGAAAUGAAGGUUUUUGAUGGAAACAUUCCAGGAUUCUUCUCCUUAUAGUGGACAUCAACAGCUACCAAACGGUUGAAGGUCAAAAUUAAUUUCAGUGCAGCUUCAAAAGGCUCUACACGAUACCAGACGAGGAAUAAGAGUCUUAUCUAGUGAAAUGAUUGUCAUUUUCUAAAAAAAAAAAAAAGAAAAAAUUAUAUUUAAUCUGCUCUGCAAUGCACAUCCAUGACUUCACUUAAUCACAUUGAAAAGGUCACGCGUGACGUAGACGGAAGUACUGACUCUGUUUACAAAUCGAACGUGCAAAGACUAAGUCACAUGCCAUUUACAAAAAAAUGUAGUAUGUGUCAUUGAAUAUACAACAACUUUUGAAUGGUCCUCCUCCUCCACAUUUGUAAACACUGACUUGAGUCGGUACUUCCGCCUACGUCAAGCGUGUCCUUUUCAACGUAAUAACAUGAAGUCGUGGACUCGCAUCGCAGAGCAGUGCAAGGCGAGCAUUUCUGUUUUUUAAAGCAUAUACAGUUUUUGUGUUUGCUUUUUUAAAUGACCGAUCGUUUCACUAGAGAAGACUCUUAUUCCCUGUCUGGUAUCGUGUAGAGCCCUUUGAAGCUGCACUGAAAUUAUUUUGACCUUCAACCAUUUGGUAGCCGUUGAAGUCCACUAUAAGGAGAAGAAUCCUGGAAUGUUUCCAUCGAAAACCUUAAUUUCUUUCCGACUGAAGAAAGAAAUGCAUAAACAUCUUGGUAAAUUAUCAGGAAAUUUUAAUUUGAAAGUAAACUAAUCCUUUAAUGCGACUUAAUUGGUCUUAUGGCAUUUUUGAAUCUUAUUUUAUCUCAAAAAAAGCUUUUAUUUCAUAAUCUAAUCGCAUUUGCUGACCUUAAUUUUUCCCAUAGAAAAUAAAUGUGCAUUAGAUGCACAUUCCCCCCUUUUUCUUUUUGUGCCAGAUUGAUCAAAGUCAGUGUUAAGGCACUGAUAUGGCAGUUUAUUGCAUGCAAAAUUUCUUACAAAGAGUUAUUUGCUUUGUUGACCAAGCCCAGUGUGCUGUAAAUAUGACAGAUCGACUGGGAUCUCAUCAGUGAUAAAUUGUUGCACACUUGAAUGGUAAGAUAAGUGUACUAAAAAACUAGUUUGUGAUAUUGGUUGCCAUUGGACCAAUACUGACCAUUUUAAGCAGUCGUUGGCCAAUACCACCAGUUUUCUCACGCUAAAAUUCAUUGCUGUGCUUUACCUCAUUUCCAUUAGUUUCAGUUCUCAGCGCUCAAAAAUAAGCAGCUUAUGAAAUCCUGUUUUAAAUGGGUUUCAUAUUGAGUCAGCAUGGCUUGUUUGGUUAGAUCAAACAAGGAUCUUUUAUUAAGAAAGAUGCUCCAUGUGUUGCAAUAAACCUGCUUGCUGAAAUCGAUUCGUGAUUUUAUUACAGGUUGUAUUUUUAUGCGCACAAACCCAUAACAAAGCAAAAAAAUCGGUGUGUGCUGCACACUCAGUUCUUUUGGGUAAUGAAUGAGUUUUUCAAAAGCACUGAUGAGGACAGGAGUGGAAAUGUUUGUUUGAAUCUGCAGAUUACCGUAUGCCUUCACAGUUAAAAUGAGAGGCACUUAUGACUCACAAAUCCUCUAUAAAAGAUCCAUAUGCAACAAUAAUGAGCUUAAAAUUGUUACAAAACUGACACCAGGAAAUAAUGUACUGCUUUCAUCAGACAAAUUUACUUUUUUACUAAAUGUUUUUUUCAUUGAAGCUUUAUUGUGACAUCUUCUGAAUUUGACUAGCGAAUAUUUUUUUUGUUUUUGUUUUUUCUCUCAAAAUUAAAUUAGAAGAUUUUUUUUCUAGUGUUUUAUCUCUGUUUUCUGUUCAAAAGCCACAUUCUUGAUUUUUUUUUUUUCCUUUGCUUUUUUUUUCGUUAGUUAAACUAUGUACAAUCUAGGGGUGACCUCACUAAAGUUGAUCGCCCCAGAUGUCUAAUUUUUUCUUGUCACAAGUGUUUAGAUAAACUAGAAACCAACAAACCUUACACAUCACCUUUUCUCAGUCAUGGGGAAAUUAUAAAAUGUGAAUAAUUGGCUUUUUUUCCCCCCUUUUCUUUUCACUGUUGAUGUUUGUGUCUAUAAGGUCAUUGGUGAAGCCUCUGUAGAGCUAUUUAGCUCCUUGAAAUUAGCUUUUGAGCUUAAAAACAAAAGAUUGAAUGAGAGGCCGUUAUUGGACGCAUUAAUAAGUUAAUGAUACUAAUGCGAUUGCACUGUCACAGUCUUAUAGUGUAUAGAUACAGAUAAUAGAACAUGUAUGUCUAAUAAUAAACAGCAAAUCCAGCACUAAAAGAGCUUAAAAAUGGUGCCAAAAUCACUUGCUGGGUUUUUACGCUAAAAAAAUAUUACUGCUGUACAAUUUGUUUUUUUUCCAUUUGGUUUGCAAAAAACAAAACAAAUUGGUUCUAAUUGAUAAUAGUUAGAGAGCCCAGUCGUAAUGUUCAGUUGAGUAUUGUUUGAUACCCAAGCACUACAUGUGCUUACAUGUUUGUUAAAAUGUAGUUUGAUAUAAAUCAUUCCUGUGUAGGAGUUUGCUUCUAAAAUCUGACCAAACUCUUUUUGAGCAAUUUAAAAAAAAAAAAAAUUGUGAAAACAUUUUGUUGUUAUCUGGUGACAGUGAUGUCAUCAAACAUGCCUCUGAAGGCUUGAGGGGGUUUUGUUCAGUAUCAGAAUUUGAAAGCUACUUUUUGUUUUCUUUCCACUGGUUUCCGUUCUUACGCCUUUUUCUUCACAAAAGCAUGAGAUAAAGGUUGUUUGCGUUGCGUAAUUUUAUCAUUUAUCUCUGCACCUGUUGUAUAAGGCGAAACACGAUUCAGUACUGGUUUAGACAACAACAUUGUUACUAUUAAUUGUGAAUUAGUGACAUAUCUGUUCGGCAUAGUUCUAAUAUCACUGGAAACCUUACAAGCUUAACAUUGUCAACUUUGAAGUGUAAAGACUGAAUAAAUAAAGAAAAUGGAAACAA